AUGGAGUCCGGGAAGCGGAAGCGGGCGGACGACGGUGUCGGUGACGACCGCCGGACGAGAUCCCGGGGCGCUGAGGCCGAUCAGGCGGUGACGGACGAGGAGGUGGAGGAAUUUUUCGCGAUCCUCCGCCGUAUGCGCGACGCGUCGCGGUGCUUAGCCGUCGACAUGGAUGGCGGCGGGGCCGGCCGGCCUAGGGAGGUGGCGGAUGGAUCCAAGCGGGGCGCCGGGCGGUGGAGCCCGGCGUUCGCGCGGGAGGACUUUGCGGGGCCCGGCGCCGGCAACGAUGACGGUGGAAAGGGUCGCUUAGAGGCGGAGGAGGCGUCGGCGGAGAGGGUGACGGAACACGCGACCCCGCGGUGCCUCGAUCUCAACGCGGAGCCGGAGCCGGAAGCUCUCGUGGUCUCGAGCCCACGCGGUGAGUCUACCGCCCCGCGCUGCGCCCCUGCGCCUGCCUAA